AUGAGCAGUAUGAGUGCAUUCGCGAAACACGCAGCCAUUGUUGGUACCAAUACGCAAGCAUCAUUCCACGUUUAUCCACAAAAAAGGCCGAUUGCCUUCAGCCGAGAGGAUAUGAAGAUGAUGACGCAGGUGAGACGAGAUGCCACCAGCUGUCAUACAAUGAAAAUGAAAGCUGAAGUUUAA